UAGACCCCUUUCUCCAAAGAUCAUUCCCUUUAGAAGAUCGUAUAAAAUCUGUUCAUUAGUAUAUGACAUUUGUAUAAAUCAACUUUUAUAUUUUCUCUCCAAUCAAUAUUAUCUUUCCUUCUUUAGGAAACACUAGCUAAUUCAAUCAAAUCUUGCCGUUUGUCUUGAUGGCUUCAUAAUUUCCCUUUUUUACUUGAAUUAAAGAGAGAAAAGAAAGUUUCAAGGAGCUAGGUUAGAUGUUGGACAUGAUCUCAAACCAGAUCCUUCUCUGAAUCCAUUUCUUCCACCACUGUUGUUGUUUUUUCUUGGUUCUUACGUUUCAUUUCAUUACCUAAUUUUUAUAAACAAGAUGAGCUGUUUCUCUUGUCUCGACACACGAACCCAUGACAUGAGAAUCAACAUUGAUACCGUUCCUUACCUAACCGAUGAUUCCUCAGUUGGCACAAGAGGCGAUUCAAUAGGAGCAAGGUCCAAAUCUGGCAUAUUAGUUAAUGGGAAAGUGAAUAGCCCUAAACCCGGCGGUGGCGCACAGAGUUUCACGUUCAAGGAGUUAGCCGCCGCAACCAAGAACUUCCGGGAGGAUAACAUGAUCGGAAAAGGAGGGUUCGGUAGUGUCUUCAAGGGACGUUUAUAUUCAGGACAGGUGGUGGCUAUCAAGCAACUAAACCCAAAUGGGCAUCAAGGAAAUCAAGAGUUCAUUGUCGAGGUUCUCAUGCUUAGUGUCUUCAGCCAUCCAAACUUAGUAACUUUAAUUGGUUACUGUACUUCUGGUGCUCAAAGACUUCUUGUUUAUGAAUACAUGCCAAUGGGUAGCUUAGAAGAUCAUCUCUUUGAUCUUGAGCCUACUCAGAAACCUCUAAGCUGGAAUACUCGAAUGAAAAUCGCUGUUGGUGCAGCUCGUGGCAUCGAGUAUCUUCAUUGUAAAAUAAGCCCAUCCGUGAUAUACCGUGACUUGAAAUCUUCAAACAUUCUGUUAGAUAAAGACUUUAACCCUAAACUUUCUGACUUUGGACUUGCUAAAGUCGGUCCUGUCGGUAACCGGACACAUGUGUCUACUCGUGUCAUGGGUACUUACGGAUACUGUGCUCCAGAGUACGCAAUGAGCGGAAAGUUAACCAUUAAAUCGGAUAUCUACUGCUUCGGUGUUGUGUUGCUUGAGCUGGUUACUGGUAGGGAGGCUAUUGAUUUGAGUAAACCAAAUGGAGAACAAUAUCUUGUUUCUUGGGCUCGAGAGUAUCUCAGCGAACCUAAAAAAUUCGGACAUCUAGUGGACCCGUUGCUGCGUGGAAAGUACCCAAAGAAGUGUCUUAACUACGUGAUUGCCAUUACAGGGAUGUGUUUGAAGGAGGAAGCUAAUCAACGACCGACAAUAGGAGAUGUUGUGGUGGCAUUUGAGUAUAUAGCUGCUCAGAGCAAAUCUUAUGAAGCUAGAAGAGAGUCUCGCAAGUCUACUGACUCUGACCGGUCAAGAGAGGAAACACAACAGAGUUUCUAAGUUAUUUGAGUCAAAUGUGAAACCUCUGCUACAACCGUACAAGCAGAAGGUUGGUGAUAAGACCGCGUAAAAUAUUUAUCUUUGUUUCUUUGUUUUUUUCGGGAGGGUUUUGUUUAGUCAGUUUAAUAAUGGGAUUUUCGCACCUUAAAAUGAUACUUAAUGAUUAAAUAGCAGCAUAUAUAUUUAUAAUGAAAAUAUUUUGUGUUUUAGAGACUAUAGCUGAACUUAUAAUUCAGUAGGAUAAAUAUAAGAAAUUUAUGUAAAUCUAAUCUAUUAAUUUAGAGUCCUAUUUUUUAUCUACUUAUAAAUAGUCUAGGUUGAACUAUUACAUUUAACCAGAUUUUCUAUAAUUUCUACUUAUAUCUAACUUAAUUAUUAUUAAAUACAAGAUAUGAGCCGGUUGCGUUGCAACAGGUUUUGUUUGAUGUUUUAAUUUAAUAAAAACCAUAAAAUAAUAAACCACUAGGUGUUGUGCCCGCACAUGCGGGCAUAAUCUUCUUACGAAUAGUUAUUAUUUAUC